UGCAGGUGUUAGAUGGUUACUUCCGGUUUUCUGUGACUAACAAUGGAACCGAAGAGAAGAGUUCCUGAAACCGGUGGCCUUCCAGCAGGUUGGAAAAGAGAGGAAGUUGUCCGUAAAUCAGGGCUUUCAGCUGGCAAAACAGACGUGUAUUACUACAGCCCUGAUGGGAAAAAAAUUAGAAGCAAACCUCAGCUGGCACGUAUAAUUGGUGAUGCGCUUGAUUUGAGUGCAUUUGAUUUCCGCACAGGGCGGAUAAUCUAUAGUGCAGUUCGCAAAAGUAAGCGUAUGAAGGGAUCAUCUUAUGACUUUGCCAGAGGACUUCGUCAUGAUGCUAGCCUGGUGUUGCCAAUCCGACAGACGGCUUCUAUCUUCAAGCAGCCGGUGACAGUGAUCAGGAACAGACCGGAGAGCCAGACCAAGACAGAGUUAAAGCAUGGGCCACAGGACCCUCCCAAGCAGCUAUUCUGGGAGAAGCGCCUCCAGAGUCAGUCUGCCCGCGACCUAGUGGAGGAGGUCGAGAAUCUCAGCAUGGACUUGCCCAAGAACAUGCAAGGUUGUGGGCCAGAGAUGACAACAGAGAAUGUGUUCCAGAGUAUCUCUGCAGCCCUCCACCUGAGCAGCGUCCCAAUCACAGGGCAGAACGCCAGCAAGUCAGCCAUGCAGAAGAACCCUGGUGUGAACAUCGACACCUCCCAGCCACACAUCCAGCAGAUGGUGAUUCAUGAGGAGGACAUACGUCGCCAGGAGGCACGCGUCAACGAUGCUCGCAGGAAGCUGCAGGACGUCAUGAUGCUGGACAGGUAAUCUGUAGAUCUACCAUGAGCACAAUCAUCAUCUCACUCGACACUGAUUUCAACAUGCAGAGGACCGUUGUGUGCAUGGACUGAAUGGCAGACAGGAUUGUUUUCAUCAUCAUCAUCAUCAUCAAGCAUGUCUAUGUCAUGAUUUGAGAUGCGGAAGUAUGUCAGCUACUUCCAUGUUCAGCCAUAGGAAAUACCGUAGAAAGUCCCAGCUGAGAAAGUGGCAAUAAAUACAUAAACAUUUCAACGAGCCCAGAGGAUACAAUGAACAUGAUACAAACUGUUGAGCAAGUGCUAAUUUUUAUGUCUGGCUUUUCAAAUGGUUGAAAUCAUUGUUUUUGCAGUGGAUGUGCAACUUUCAUGUUCACCCAUUCUUUAUCAUAUCAUAUGUAAGGAAAUGUGUUACCUGAGUCAAUACCUGACUGUACAGUGUGCUUCCUGUUGAUGCACUGUUUUGUGGAGGAGCAUCAGGAAAGGGCACCUGUUCAAACUGUGAAUUCAUCAACAUUGUCCAUGUCAUGCUCAACAGCAGCAAUCAGUUGUGUUUACAAUGCAUGCAUGGAAUCAUGGCAUCAACUGAGUGUUCAUUCUAUCAUGGCUCAUUGUCGGUCGGACCGUGAUGCUGUAUUAAUGGGGGGCAGUGGGGUAGCGUAGUGGUUAAAGCGUUCGCUCGUCAUGCUGAGGCCCGGGUUUGAUUUCCCACAUGGGUUAAAUGUAUGAAGCCCAUUCUGGUGUCCCCCGCCGUGAUAUUGCUGGAAUAUUGCUGAAAGCGGCAUAAAACUCACUUACUCACUCACUCACUCACUCACUCACUCACUGUAUAAAUGUACAUCAACAUUCUAGGGUACAGCAGUAGGAAUCCAAUAAUGGCAUCUAUGAGUAGCGAGUAGGAGAUCAGGAGCAUUAUUUUGUCAUUGCCUUAUUUCACCAUCCAGUUUGGGGGGGGGGGGGGGGGGGGGGGGGGGGGGGGGGCAUUUGGUGUGUAGACAAGAAAAUAAUAAUAAAUCUUUUUUUUCAAUAAGUAUCAACAAUGCUAACAUUGACAUUCAGUUAUGUUUGAAUAGUUCCAUCUGUGACCACAAUGUGUUGAGAGCAGUUUCAAGUUUAAAGAACACCUAAUGUUUUCAAAACUUUUCAUAUGACCUAGUGAAUAUGUCGUGGCUGGUGAGUAUUGCAACACAGCCUUUCAAUUGUGGUGCUCUGUAACCUGUUUUUGGUAGUAUAUAAUGAAAUUGAUUGUCUUUCUUUGGGGAGAUUUCUGUCAUCCAAGUGUUGCACAGGAGAAUGUCCCAGCCUGGCUAGGAGUAUGAGCUGCUACAAUGUUAAAGACAUUAACUGUAUGACGUAGAUGUUUGUAGUACUGUGUGUAGAUGGCCAACCCGUGACUGUAGCACAUAUGUGAAUAAACACUUCCAAAUA